AUGGUACCGUCCCUUGCUAUCUUGCACAGUACGAACGUUACCCAAAAGGAUUUGGUCAAUGAGGUGCAACUUCUCAUCUUUGAUGUGAGCCAUCGAUACGUUUUGCUUGUGGCAAACGGUCCGGAUGAAUGGAGGCUUCCGGGAUUUCUUUCUAAGACUGUAAGUAUCACUCCGAUACCGGAAGUGUGCAGCGCUGCUAAGACAGUCAUUGGUAUAGAAUUUCCAUUCAUUGUUCUUCGAGAUUGUUACCGUGAAGAGUGGGACGUGGAAACCGAUGAUUGUUCAGACUCGGGAAGCCGCGGUAUUCUCGUUGUUGUGUGCCAUGAGAAACCUGAACGAGUGCCUUCUGGAUGCAGUUGGGUGGGCAUCACCGAUAAUCACGGAGCGGGUGUCGUCCAUGUAUCGCACUCGGAGAAGGGAGCGGAGCAAGCUAUUCGACGAGAACUGGAACAGGCCGCAGCCAACGUUUCGCCGCCUCGACGGUUGCCUUGGGCCUCUGUCGAAUGGCAUCAUGAAACGCUUCGAAAAGUGCGCGAAAUAUUGCAUGGACACAAUUUGCAUGUGAUAGGGGAUCUGGUUCAGCUCCGUGCGUCAUACAGAGGAGCCGUGCUAAAGAUCAAGACGAAUGAGGGUGAUUACUACCUGAAAUGCAGCCCAUCCACGUCGAACGAUGCUGGAGUCACGUCAAUAAUGUCAAGCGUUGCUCCUGAUCUUGUUGCCAAGCCGUUGUUUGCAGACGUGGAAAGUCGUCAAAUGAUCCUUGCCGACCACGGUGACGAGACUGGCCUGUAUAAAAUGGACGAUGAAGAGCGUAAGCAGGUGGUAAGAGAUGUGGUGCGUCUGCACCGCGCAAGCACGGAUGUGUUGCCCGAUUUGUUGCAGGCCGGGCUACCAUGUUAUUCACCGCUGUGGAUGCGUGAGAAUUUGACCUCACUUUUUCAGUCUAAGGAGCUUUUGUCUGUGCGUGAAACGGAACCAAGCCAGAAGCUGUCCAACACCAAGAUCAAGCUGGAAGAAUACCUGACGGAACUUAUUAGUUGGGAAAUGCCUGAUUGUUUGAUACACAAUGACUUGUAUUUAGGAAACCUAAUCAGGAAGAGCGCCGAUGAGGGUCCAGGGUUCCGGUUUUUUGACUUUGACAGCUCUUUCGCAAGCCAUCCUUUGUUUGAUGUGGACUGGUGCAACCGGGAGGUGUUGGAGGCCUAUGCACAGGAAAUGGACAUAGCUGACAUUGAUGGAUUGUACAGCUUGACCAAGAAAGUCCAUGAUCUUUCAUGGCUCGUGCGGGUAUAUAGAUACAUGGACAGGGCUAGGGAAGCGGAAGACGGUGCUCCCCGGGAAGACGUCCUCUAUUGUCUCGAGGAAAGUUUUCAUCAAACUUCGUUGCGAGUAGGUAGAGAACUGGCAAGACAUCACGGAUCGAAUUCUGGGGACGGCAGACAUGAGCCAUGUUCCUCAUACAGGAUGAACAUGGUGAAUAACUCCACGGAAGAGAAAAGUUGUGCAAAGGCUAGAGGACGGGGUCUGAAGCUGUCCUGGCUCGAGUGGAGACUACAUUGGACUCACUGAUUUGGCACGAUCACGCAGUUGUAGUUGCAGUGGUGGCUAAUCCGGUCGCUUCCGUGACGAUAGUGGUCUAAAUUGCGCAAAGCCAUAGACGCUUGCCACCCCAGGCAUUUGUGUUGUGUUGCUUUGGUGCGUCAUAGUACUUGAGGGGGGUGGUGUUCAUUCUGGUGAUACGAAUGAUUGAGAGUCUUGUUUCAUGGCCGUUGCCAGUCCAUAUCUUUGUAUCUAUGAUCGAUCAACCAGCUUCCUGUCACCACACAGUAAUCAACUCUUGGAGGGCGAGCGGAUUUGACCUGCGAAUGUUCUACAGUUCUUCCGUUGCGAAGGCUUGUCCUUGUCCUUUGUGCAGACAGACGACUAAGAAAUCCUCACGGCGGUGUCAAGCAUGCGGACGAGAGCCACAGAGCCGCCAUCUUCUACACGCCCAGCACCCAGAGCUUUUGUAACCCAAUCACCCACGUGUUAUACGUGGAGGUUGUUAGCUUUACAUAAAGGGGGGUUGCCCAGCGUCCUAAUUCAACGGCCACCCCCAAUUGUUUCGAAAUAAUUACUAAAAAUCCAGAAUCGUGUGUCCGAAACUCACUCUUAUUCGCCCAUCGCCUCCAUUUCCACCGACAUAUCUCUGAAACUUCUGGAUACAUUUAAAAACAAUUUUCACCAACUGAUUUUACGCACAAACGCACCUUAAGAGCACCCCUAUCGGUUUUGCUAAAUUUGGUGGCUAAAUGUGUAAAAUUUUGCAUUUCUGUGCGCACCACUACAGUAUCCGCUUAGGAAUAAAUUUGAAAUUGAAGUGCCCUGAUAGGGCAUAGUGUACGAGGGAUGCUAGGAUCCGUGAGCACGGGUAACAUGCAGCGGGUAACAGCUCAUACGCCCCAUACAACGGGCCACUGCCAAAAAUUAAAAAUGCGCGAAUACAGAAAUUAUUUAAAAUUAUGAGUUGACAUUCAGGAAUCUAUACAUUAGUUUAACACAUUAUUUAAUAACAUAUUAUUUUAACACAUUAUUUAAUAAAUUCGCAUUCAUGAAGAAUUGAACUCGCGACCAAAAGAAAAGGGUAGCAGGGGAGUGGUACCGAAGCACACCACCCCUGCUAAAACCCCUUCUCCGUCGUCCCGCCUUCGCGUGUGCACCACUCCCGCCCGACCUUUCUGGCGGUAGCAGUAGUAAAUUUCCAACCAAUUUAUACCAGACCAUCUCGUGCUACAGUACCGACCCCCAAAAAAUAAAUUGCGGAAGGAUCAUUCGUAGUGGGAUGACAGGCUGAAAGCAGCGAUUCCGCCGUUUUUAGCCAGUCUUUCUAUCAUGUUUCGCGCACAACUUUUUAACAUAUCUUUUUUUAU